AUGGCAGAACCAACCGGCUCAACUCGUCCCCAGGGCGAGGGCGUGCCGCCCAACCACCUCGGCACCGCCGUCCCCACCGGAGGCUUGGAGGGUCACGAUGAGAAGGCCUUUGCGUCGUCAUCCCAGCCGCACUAUGAGGAGAAGAAGGGCCCCAUCCCCGACGAAGAAGAGGAGGAGGAGGACAUGGAUGCGCUCAUCGAGGAACUCGAGUCCCAGGAUGGACACAUCGAUGAGGAGGACGAAGAAAGCGGCGAGCCCGGCGGUGCUCGUCCUGUUCCCGAGGAGCUGCUCCAGACCGACACGCGCAUUGGUCUGACCGAUCAGGAAGUCACUGUGCGUCGCAAGAAAUUCGGUCUCAAUCAAAUGAAGGAAGAAAAGGAGAACUUGAUCCUCAAGUUCUUCAGCUAUUUCGUUGGUCCUAUUCAAUUCGUCAUGGAGGCUGCCGCCGUUCUUGCUGCUGGUCUUCAAGAUUGGGUUGAUUUCGGUGUUAUCUGCGGUCUCCUCUUGCUCAACGCCUGUGUUGGUUUCAUCCAGGAAUACCAGGCCGGCUCCAUCGUCGACGAAUUGAAGAAGACUCUUGCCCUCAAGGCCGUUGUUCUCCGCAAUGGUCGUCUCGCUGAAAUUGAAGCCCCCGAAGUCGUACCCGGUGAUAUCCUCCAGGUCGAAGAGGGUACCAUUAUCCCCGCCGAUGGUCGCAUUGUCACUGAAGAUGCUUUCCUCCAAGUCGAUCAGUCCGCCAUUACUGGUGAAUCGCUUGCUGUGGAUAAGCACAAGAACGAUACCUGCUACGCAUCCUCCUCCGUCAAGCGUGGUGAGGCCUUCAUGGUCAUCACCGCUACUGGUGACAACACUUUCGUCGGUCGUGCUGCCGCUCUCGUCAGCGCUGCCUCUUCGGGCUCUGGUCACUUCACUGAGGUUCUUAACGGAAUCGGAACUGUCCUGCUCGUCUUGGUCGUCUUGACCCUCUUGGUUGUCUGGGUUUCGUCGUUCUACCGAUCGAACGGAAUCGUUCCCAUCUUGAAGUUCACCCUGGCCAUCACUAUCAUUGGUGUCCCCGUCGGUCUUCCCGCCGUCGUCACCACCACCAUGGCUGUCGGUGCUGCUUAUCUCGCCAAGAAGAAGGCUAUUGUGCAAAAGCUCUCCGCUAUCGAGUCUCUCGCUGGUGUCGAAAUUCUUUGCUCUGAUAAGACCGGUACUUUGACCAAGAACAAGCUCUCUUUGUCUGAGCCGUACACUGUCGCUGGUGUUGAUCCUGAGGAUCUCAUGUUGACUGCUUGUUUGGCUGCCUCUCGCAAGAAGAAGGGUAUUGAUGCCAUCGACAAGGCUUUCUUGAAGUCGCUCAAGCACUAUCCUCGCGCCAAAUCAGUCCUCACCCAGUACAAGGUUCUUGAAUUCCACCCCUUCGACCCUGUCUCCAAGAAGGUCAGCGCCAUCGUCGAAUCUCCCCAGGGUGAGCGCAUCACCUGUGUCAAGGGUGCUCCUCUUUUCGUCCUCCGCACUGUCGAGGAAGACCAUGCUAUCCCAGAAGAGAUCGAUGCUGCCUACAAGAACAAGGUCGCUGAAUUUGCUACUCGUGGUUUCCGUUCUCUUGGUGUUGCCCGUAAGCGUGGUGAGGGUUCCUGGGAAAUCCUGGGUAUCAUGCCUUGCUCUGAUCCUCCUCGUUAUGAUACCGCCAAGACCAUCAACGAAGCCAAGACCCUCGGUCUGUCCAUCAAGAUGUUGACUGGUGAUGCCGUCGGUAUUGCCCGUGAAACUUCUCGUCAACUCGGUCUCGGAACAAACGUUUACAAUGCUGAGCGUCUCGGUCUCGGUGGUGGUGGUACCAUGCCUGGAUCUGACAUCUAUGACUUCGUCGAGGCUGCCGAUGGUUUCGCUGAGGUUUUCCCCCAGCACAAGUACAACGUCGUCGAAAUCUUGCAGCAGCGUGGCUACUUGGUUGCCAUGACUGGUGACGGUGUUAACGAUGCUCCAUCUCUCAAGAAGGCCGAUACUGGUAUUGCCGUCGAGGGUGCCUCUGACGCCGCUCGUUCCGCUGCCGAUAUUGUCUUCCUUGCUCCUGGUCUGUCCGCUAUCAUUGAUGCCCUCAAGACCUCCCGCCAGAUUUUCCACCGUAUGUACGCGUACGUCGUGUACCGUAUUGCCUUGUCUCUCCAUCUUGAGAUCUUCCUUGGUCUCUGGAUCGCCAUCUUGAACACCUCUCUCAACUUGGAACUCGUUGUCUUUAUUGCUAUCUUCGCUGAUAUCGCUACCUUGGCCAUCGCUUAUGAUAACGCUCCUUUCUCCAAGACUCCCGUUAAGUGGAAUCUUCCCAAGUUGUGGGGUAUGUCCGUUCUCCUUGGUAUUGUCCUCGCCGUCGGUACCUGGAUUACCCUCACCACCAUGUUGGCUCACGGUGAAGACGGUGGUAUCGUCCAGAACUUCGGUGUCCGCGACCCCGUCCUCUUCCUCGAAAUCUCCCUGACUGAGAACUGGCUCAUCUUCAUCACCCGUGCAAACGGUCCUUUCUGGUCCUCCAUCCCCUCAUGGCAACUUGCUGGCGCUAUCUUGGUCGUCGACAUUGUCGCCACGUUCUUCACUCUUUUCGGUUGGUUCGUCGGCGGUCAAACCUCCAUUGUCGCUGUCGUCCGUGUCUGGAUCUUCUCCUUCGGUGUUUUCUGUGUGAUGGGUGGUGUCUAUUAUAUCCUCCAGGGCUCCGCUGGAUUCGACAACAUGAUGCAUGGCAAGAGCCCAAAGAAAUCGCAAAAGCAACGUUCCCUCGAAGAUUUUGUUGUUUCGUUACAACGUGUCUCUACUCAACACGAAAAGAGCUCAUAA